UGGAGCUACAAGAAGCAUUCCGGCAUUCGCACGGACAGACGGCGCUGCCCAGCUCCAGCUCCAGCCAGAGAUGGCAGGUUCCUCCGGAGCACCGCCAUUGGCCACGGCUGCUGCGCGCUGCUCUCUUCCCCGCCCGAUGGGCCGCGCUCAUCGUUUUGUUUCCGCUCCGCCGGCUGCUCGUGGCAGCCACUUCCAGUUCCAGCUCCAGUGCCGGCCUGCCGGCGACGCCGACAGCCCUCCGUCGCUGCGCGUCCCAGCACCAGGUGGAAGCAACAAGACGACCGGAAGGCGAGGAUCCGCCGGACCAUCGGCAGGAUGCAGAGGCAGAGACAGGGUGGCGCAGUCGGCUGCUCAAACAGCGGGCCGCCAGUGUAGCGGCGUGCUGAGCAGACCACCAGUCAUUACUUGUUGUGUAGUAUUCACAGUUUCUUGAUCGCUCUUAUGUACGUAUUGUUUGAAUAUUCUGGGAUUUUCAACGUUUGCACUGAUAGCUGUACUCUCCGUCUGGCAGACCCGUUGGUGUCGGCAACAGACGUGCUUUCAAUGUCGAGUGUUGCACUUCGCUGACGGACGUGGCUUCGCAUUUGUACUUGCCAGUGCUUUCGACGUGACAAUACUUAACUGCAAUCAGAAUUCUUUUGAUCACACGGUGUAUGUGGUACUAAGUCCUACGCCUUACAGCGUGAUUCGCAGUGCAAAGUUGUAAAUUCAAACUACGCUUUCCUUAAGCCGUCGGCACACGGACCGUGCACUCGAAAGUUGAGCGUGCCCAGAUUCUGCCGUCAAAGCGUGCGAGAAGCAACUUGGGGAGUCUUUCCGAACGUGCAGAGCAAUAUAUAACACGGGAGAGAUCCUGAACGUGCGUUUAAACGUUGACCAGUGUAGUGGAAGAACGCAAUCUACAUCACAUGCGCGCCAUCUCUCUUCAGUACAGAGUAGCGGGACUCCAUAUUGGCUUUCAGUUGAAGCCCAUACUUACAUACGCCGUAUCCAAACGUCAGCAAAUUGAGGACUUUUCGAAAAGCCGUUGCUAAUUUAUGAUUUGUUGCAAUAAAACGACAGGAAACGUGAUAUUGGUCGUUGAAUUGUGUAACCUGCGUACUAUGAAAGUAUGCCGUUUCAGGCAACGCUCACUGAGUAUCUCUGAAGCCUGGUUUACACGACGACAUUGGGUUGCGCCACUCGUUGCGUGGAAUGAGUUGUACGCAGAUGGUUGCAUAUUUGACUGUACACAAGGCGAAACCAGUACACACUUCAGUUUUGUCGUUCUGUGGGUUCCUGAGUCCUCUCUGAAAUGAAAGUUUUGGAAGCUGUACGUCUCACGAGUUGUGUUGGAGCUAAAGCUUGUUGCGUGGAAUCGCUGCAUGAGAAAAAAAUAAGAAACGUGUUUCGAUUCGUCACUGGAUGAAGAAAAGACGUCAGUUCGAUUGCUCAGCAUCCUUGCUGAAAUAAUUUGUAAUGGAAGACCCAAGAAGUUCUUUUAAUUAUCUUAGAAUGUCACCAGUACUGUUAACGUUUCUUCUAAAUAGUUAAAUAGUUGAUUAUGCGAUAAGGUUCAAAAAAUGGUUCAAAUGGUUCUGUGCACUAUGGGACUUAACAUCUGAGGUCAUCAGUCCCCUAGGCUUAGAACUACUUAAACCUAACUAACCUAAGGACAUCACACACACCCAUGCCCGAGGCAGGAUUCGAACCUGCGACCGUAGCAGCAGCGCGGUUCCGAACUCAAGCGCCUAGAACCGCUCGUCCACAAGGGCUGGCUUAUGCGAUAAGGAAUCAAGAUAUUGCAAUGUAUGAAGCACUGUCGCCAGAACUGAAAUUACAUAUCACAUUGCGUGCAUUACAAAAGGGAACACUCGGCAUGCUAUAAGAUGCGGUUUUAG